AUGUUGGACUCUGUAGUUUUCUCCAGCACCAUCCCCAACCUGACCAGCGAUGACAUGUUUAGCCGUAUGUCGGCUUUCAACCGCUGGGCGUCCAGGUGGUGCUCUGAAAACAACGUAGGAUUUGUAGACAACUGGAGUCAAACAAUUGUGAUAAAAACACAGCAGAGUGUCUUGGCAAGAUUGGGAGAAAAUGCGCAUCUCAGCUGUCAUCUCAGCUGGUUUUCCAGUUCUGUCCUGGAAAGCAAAAUCAUUCAGGUCACGUGGCAAAAAACUUUAUCUGAUGAACAAAAAAAUGUUGCAACUUACAACCAAAUCUUCGGUCAAACAGUGAAUGACGACUUCAAGAAUAAAGUUCAGUUUAAAGAGGCUGGACUGCAGAACAACUCAAUAGUUAUCAGGAACGUAGCAGAGCAGGAUGGAGGGUGUUAUGUCUGUGUUUUCAACAUGUUUCCUGAUGGAAGUCUAUCAAACAAAACCUGCCUCCAUGUCUAUGAGCUGCAUGAACCCGUCCUUCAGGUCAGAAGAUCAAAGUCUCCUGAAGAGUCACUUGUGUCGUGUUCAGCCACAGGUCGACCUGCUCCCACUGUAACUCUGACUGUUCCACAACAACACCUCCACUUGUCACAACACAACACCAUCACAGUUACCAACACCAACAAUACAGUCACCGUCACCACCACAGCUGUGCUGUCAGGUCUCCAUGACGACAGCACACGGGUUGGAUGUGCAGCCAGAGUGGACUCUGGUCCUUAG